AUGAUCGAUGUCACAGAAACAGUAACCAUCAUCCCUACCGACAGGACCAUAAUUGGCACGAAAAACGCCGCAAGCAAGUCCAAAGACGCAUCUCCUGUCCCAGAGAUCAUCAGCCCUCGUGCCUACCAGCGAGAGAUGCUCGAACAGAGCUUGAAGAGGAACGUGAUCGUUGCAAUGGACACAGGCAGCGGAAAGACCCAAGUCGCCGUUCUUCGCAUUCAAGCGGAACUCGAGAGAAGCUCACCUGAGAAGCUUGUAUGGUUCUUAGGAAAUACCGUUAGCCUCUGUGAGCAACAGUUCAAUGUCAUCAAGAGACAAAUGCCAUCGGUGCCCAUGAGACUGCUUACGGGGCAGCUCAACAUCGAUGCAUGGUCGCCAGAAGUUUGGCCCCGGAUCCUUCGAGGCACUCGUGUCAUCGUAUCUACCUUCUCCAUCUUGCGUGAUGCCCUUGACCACGCUUUUGUCAGGAUGGACAUGCUCGCCUUAAUAGUAUUUGAUGAAGUCCAUAAUUGCGUCAAGAACAGCUCUGGGCGAAAGAUUAUGAUGAACUUCUACCAUGAACACAAGAACACCAGUAUGCCGGUACCUGCCAUACUUGGCUUGACUGCCAGUCCCAUUAUCUCAUCAGAUCUCAGGGAGAUCGAGAAACUAGAGAACACAAUGGACGCUAUCUGUGUUACUCCAACCACCCACCGAGAGCAGCUACUCAAGCAUGUCAACAAACCUCAUCUCGUUCGCUCACUCUACGAUGUUACCAAGAUCCCUCCACGUACGCAACUGAUGCAACAACUGCAAUCAGAGUACUCGAACAUGGACAUCGCCAAGGAUCCUGAGGUUCUAAAGUUGAAGGCUCUUGUCUCUAAUGACGAAAAGAAGCGGGAAAAGUUAAUGAACGUGAUUAUGAAGCACGAUACCUUCUCCCAGCAGCAAGUGAAAGGCAUGUGGAACAAGAGCAGAGAAAUCCUUGCGGAGCUCGGAAGUUGGGCAGUAGAUCGAUACAUUUCACAGAUGAUCAAGGCUUUCCUUGGUAGAAUCGACGCACCCAGUACUUUCACCGAUGCAUGGUCCAACGAGGACAGGACCUAUCUUGCAGGACACUUGCGCCGAAUCAACAUCGGUGCCGUUGACAACUCACCACCAACCGCCCAAACUGUCUCACACAAAACCAGCCGACUGAUCCAUGAACUUCUUGCAGCCGGAAGCGGUGUAGUUGGAAUCAUAUUCGUCAAGGAACGAGCUACGGCAUACACCCUUUGCGAGCUUCUUAACAACCACCCCCUGAUUCAAGACCGUUACCGCGUCGGUGCAAUAGUCGGGGCUUCGAGCUACGGACUCCAGAAACAGAAAGUCUAUGAGUACUCCAGUGGCACUGGUCCUCAAGUCCUCGAUGAUUUUAGAUCAGGGGCUAUCAAUCUCCUGGUGGCUACCAGUGUCUUAGAAGAAGGCAUUGAUGUUCCUGCAUGCAACCUAGUUGUGUCCUUCGACGAGAUCGCCACCCUCAAGUCAUUCAUCCAGCGUCGUGGACGAGCUCGCAUGCAGGAGUCCAAGAUGAUUGCCUUGCUGAGCUCAAUUACAGACACCCGCGCCUGGGAAGAUCUGGAGCGAGGGAUGAAGGACCGUUAUGAAGACGACCAACGAGAGUUGGCUCGAUUGGAUGAACAGGCACGGGCGGAGGAGAUUGAUUCUACCUACUACAUCAUCAAGAACACAGGGGCACGGCUAGACCUCGACAAUGCUCGACAACACCUGGAUCGCUUCUGUCGAGUUGUUUUCCGCACAGAUUAUGUUGGUCAACUCCCCGACUACGUCUUUCAUAAAGAAGAGACUGAAUAUGGCGGACCGAUCUUGAGAGCAACGGUUACUUUGCCAGGAAGCUUACCACUCAAACUUCGCAAGUUCCAAAGUGCUUGCGGGUGGAAGUCUGAACGGAAUGCCAUGAAAGAUGCCGCAUUUCAGGCAUACGUCGCUUUGUACGAAGCAGGGCUAGUCACAGAUAAUCUGGCCCCCCUCAAUGCUAAGUCAGAGAACGUGGAGGAGAAGGUUGACUUGAAACCAGAUCCUCUCUUCGACCCCUGGGUCCAGAUCGCCCAACGGUGGAAUUCGGGCUGCGAUAAGCAAUUCUACCAUUUCGAGUUUACCGACGACGAGUUUUCCGACACUUUUAUAUUUAACGUCGCGUUGCCUGCUCUGAUUGACCUGCCUCGGAACAUCACACUGUACCCUGGGAAUGGCUCCAAGUGGUCCAUCGUAUGCGAUUCGUUUGACGAUAUACCCGAUGCGGUAUCUUUAGAAGAACCAGAUCAAACUUCGGCUCUCCUGGCUAUGAACUUUCAGCACCGCUGGCCGGUAGAAGAUCGCGAGCAUGUUAUCAAGAUGUCAAUUGUCAAUAGGUCAAUUGGCUAUGACCACCACGUCACCCUGGAUGACAUCGGUGCAUACCCUUUCUGUGAACAAGAGGAAGAGGCGAAAAGGCAUAGGAUUCUCGUGCGAGACCAAAACAAAACGCCGUUUCAUUACGUCCGCACGAUCCCUUCCAAACCUGAUAUCAACGAUGUGCAGCGCCCAUUCUAUCAAUAUGUGGCUGCACCUGCGAAUGAAGAGUAUCUGGUUCUUGAAAGAUGGGGUCUCCGAGCCGAUUUACUUCAUGAUUUGAAAGAUGGUCAGGCCAAGUCAAGCACUAAACCGUACGAGUGUGUGCUUCCCAUUUCUUAUGCCCGUGUUGAUAGGGUCAAGAGACGAGCCGUCAAGUGCGGCAUGUUCAUUCCACAUAUCAUACAUGAGCUAGAGGUGCAGCUUAUUGCAUCUGAACUAUCUUCUACUCUCCUGAAGCCAGUUGGCAUCGAGAAUUUGCAGUUGGUGCUUGAGGCCAUAAGCUCGCGUAGUGCUUGUGAGCCUGUCGAUUACGAGAGACUUGAGUUCUUGGGCGAUUCGAUUUUGAAGUUUUGCACCGUCAUUCAGGCUUAUUCUGAACACCCAUCCUGGCCCGAAGGCCUUCUUAACCAUUUUAAAGAUCGACUUGUAUCCAACGAACGACUCCAGCGAGUGUGUCUUGAGAAAGGACUCUCACAGUUCAUUCUUUCGAAGAGUUUUACCGCUCUAAAGUGGAGGCCACUUUAUCUGGAUGACUAUCUCAAAGGAAAGACUGCCCAUCGACCCGCGCCAAUGCGUGGAUCGAAGACCUUGGCUGAUGUUGUAGAGGCACUUAUUGGGGCCUCUUACCAAGACGGAGGGAUGACCAAGGCCCUCAAAUGCAUUUCGGUCUUUUUGGGCGACAGAUGCAACUGGCAUCAAGAAGGUGUGGCUAGAGACAUUCUCUUUGCUGCAGCUCCUAGCGACGUAGAGCUUCCCAGUACUCUUGAACCCAUUGAAGACUUGAUCUCGUAUACGUUCAAGAAGAAGUCUCUGUUGAUUGAGGCGGUUACUCACGGAUCAUAUGCCGCAGACAUGCAACAAAGAUCCUACGAACAGCUCGAGUUUCUUGGAGAUGCUGUUCUGGACUACAUCAUUGUCACCACAAUGUUUCAGCACGAUCCGCCAAUUCCUAACUCACGCCUCCACAUGAUCAAAACGGCCCUGGUGAAUGGAGAAUUUCUUUCAUUUGUGAAUCUGGUCCAACGUGUCGGACGACAAGACUUGGAAGUCAGUCCCGAUGGUGAUCUUGUAACCAAAAUGACUGCACUUCCACUUUGGAAGUUCUUGAGGUUUAGCUCUUCAGAAAUGUCCAAGGUUAUGGAGGAAACCGAGCAGAAAUUCGAAUCCAUGCGACAGGAGCUUGUCACAGCUGUCGAAACGGGUACUCACUACCCAUGGGCGCUACUCGCACGCCUUCGCCCAAAGAAGUUUUACUCGGAUAUGUUUGAAUCUCUUCUCGGAGCCGUCUGGGUUGAUUCCGGAUCCAUCGAGGAAUGCACUGAUGUUCUUCGCACAUUUGGCGUCAUGUCCUAUUUGGAGCGUAUUCUCAAGGAGGACGUACACGUUCAGCAUCCCAAAGAGGAACUCUCCAAGUUCGCUGUCAGUCAGAACAUGGAAUACCGCCCAACCUUGUUCGAGGGCCCUGAGCCUCGAUGGAGUUGUGGAGUCACAAUUGGAGAGCGGUUGGUAGGAGAAGUCGAGGAUUCUCUCAACAAGGUUGAGGCUAUGACCAGAGCUGCUGAGAAUGCGGUUAGACUUUUGACAGAAGAGAGGAAUGCGGUAGAUCAGCAACAAGAUGCAAUGGAGACCUCAUAG